AUGGACGCAAGACAUAGUUUUUCGGCAACUAAACCAACAGCUGAUGAACAGAAACCGCAUACUGUCAAGAAUCAUAAUGAGACUAAUGUACAAAAUCAUCGAAAUCCAUCGACACCGACGACGGCCACGCGUUAUUUUCACCGUGCUCCUCUGAUAUUUCCUCAACAUCAUCAACAACGUCUUCGUACACCAUCUCCAAGAUUUUCUUCGUCGUACUUGGGUCCGUUAAAUCAACAUCGUUCUCGAUUCUUAUCCGCUUGGGAUCUUACUCCAAGACCAAGUGCACACGCCUCAACACGUAAUACAUCAGUCAUGACUCCAACGCCAACAUUAUUAUCUGAACAAUAUGAUCGUGAAAUGCCUUCUCCCCGAGCACCGAUGCAGAAUUCCGCUGCUCAUUCGUACGAUGAAAAUUCAUAUUCUCUCCAAUCAAUGGUUCCUAAUAUAUCACGCAAUUCUUUAACACCUAAUUCCACGCCUAUUCUAGCUUCGAAAGCCAAUGAAAUGAAUUCGCGUUCUCCACGAGUAAAUAUGCCUCAUAAUUCAUCACGAAAUGCAUCUGGAAUACCUUCAACGCCGAAAUCAAUACCGAAACAACAGUCUGAUGAAACAUCACGUUCGAAUCGACCGUCGAUGCAUAAAUCAACUCGCAAUACAAUUACAUCUCUUCCAGCACCUCCAUCACCAUCAAAGCAACAAGAUGAAAGUUCACGCGCGUCAAGACCAUCUAUACACAAUUCACUACGUCAUUCUCAACCAACUACUCCAAUACCUACAGUAGUGCCGCAACAAUACGUUGAGGAUCGCACACAAUUACAAACAAUGCCAGCCAAAGAUUUCGCCGAUUUAGUUAUGCUACCACGAGAAUGGCGUCGUGGUGAUGACUGUAUCCAGUGGCCACGCACUCACGACUAUUACAACAUUCCAUGGCUCGAAAAUCUUUGGAAAUAUAUCAAUGAAAAGCUUCCCAACGACUUAACACUCCUGGAAAAUACCAACAUACUCUAUUUGCAACCAAGUUCACGACCGUUAGGUUCAGCAUCGAGUAAUAACACCAUAUCGUUAUACAAACUAUCGAAGAACAUCGGUCUUAUUCAGCUGCCGACUGUGCCGAGUAAAGAUGAUUUAGCUAUACAAAAAGUGCUUUUGAAACUGAACUUUCAUUGUGUUGAACCCUUUCCCGAAAUCAUUCGUCGGCAUAAACUAAUCGAAGAGUAUGUUCCUCAACUCUCAUGCUUAGGUUUAUUGCAAAUUCUCAAAUGUCGUCUAAGACAUUUUACUCAAUUGAAGAUUCAACAUGAAUUCAAUACACUAUUAAAUGAACAUGAUAUGAAAUUACUUCGACAAUAUCUAUCACGUAUUAUGACACAACAAUUAGAUGAUUCAAACAUUCAAUGUAUUAAACAACUGCCCAUUUUUGAUAAUGCCUAUGUCAUUCAUGAAAGUAAUAACCAUACACAAGCCCAAAACCAACAACAAUAUUAUAAAUACAUUAGUUUGAAUAAUAUUUUAUACAUUUAUGAAUCUGGGACGAAAUUACCUAUUGAUUUACAACCACCGAAACAGUGUAUUCAUGUAACGGAUAGUGAUUCGCGUAUUCUAUUAGAUAAAUUAGGCUAUGUCAUACAUGAUUUUACACAUGUGGCGAGAUAUUUAAUCACAGCAAUCGGCCACCAGCAACAAUCGAAUAUUCAACAGCAACAGAAUGCAACGAAUAUCAAUCUAAAAAAUGAUCAACAUAAAAUGUUAUUCCUAGGAAAGUGGUUACUAUCGAACUGUUCGAAUUUGAUCUUGAGCGAUGCUAUGAGUCAAGAUACCUUAUCAUCGUGUCGGUUAUUUCUCAAUCGAAAAGGGGAACUAUGUUCGUGUCAACAAAUGUUCGAUCCGUCAUCAUUUCACGUGAAUAAUAAAGAAAAAUAUUUAAGUUUAUUCGAAUUAAAAUAUCUUCCCGCAAUCGAACUAUGCAGUGUACAUGAAUCGUUAACACUGUUGAAACAUUUGAAAUUACGCCAGUUUUACGAUGUCAAAUGUGAUGAAUUGAUCGAUAUAUGCGAAGGGACAAUGAAAGAAUCAUCAUCAUCAACAGCUGGCAAACGUUCAUUGAUGUUGCUACUAGCUGAAUUUAUCAUCGAUAUUCUACAUCAGAAUUCGAAAUUAAUCGAAGAAUAUUCGCAAUCGAAACGGCUCAGUCUGAAACAAUAUUUGAACAUCACAGCUUGGAUGCCAGUUAUGAUUGAAAGACCACAUGGUUAUCCAUCGUCAUUAACAUGGCAAGGCUCGAUCGAUACUCGUCGGUCAUUCGUUAAUCCACGUGAAAUUUGUGACAAGACAAAUGCGUAUCUCGUUGGCGGUGUAGCUCUGGUUUCAUCGCUUGAUCUUCCAGAAUCGUUUUAUCAUACAACACGUUCAUCGAAUCGAACAGCACUUGACCUACGUGAAGUUAAACUUGACCUAUUGAUCAAACAAUUGAAAUGCUUAGUUCUGUGUUAUCAAAAAAGUUCAGUUCAUGAACAAAAAAACGAAACAUUCGAUUAUCUGAAUCUAUGCAAACGUCUCUAUGACACAUUGACACAUUUCACCAAUAUGAGUGAUAUACACAACGAAAUGCGCAAGUGUAAUCUAACUGAAUGGAUAUGGAAUGGCACGAAUGGAUUUUCAUCAACGAAUCAGAUUUAUCUUGUCGACAAAACACAUCCAUUAGCAUCAUAUAUACAAAUUCUUCCAUAUGAAUUAUACAACUAUCGAAAAUUCUUCGAAUCCAUGGGAGUGAAAAGUCAACCGGAAUCGUCGAAAAUCGAAGAUUUAUUACGAAAUCAUCCUCAACAACCGAUUGACGAGAAUCUCUUUCGAUGGAUUAAAGAAACUUACACAACUGAUCGUCGUCUAUUACAAUUGAUCAACGACUUUGAAUUGAAAUCUCACGCAAAGGGUAAUACCAACCAUCAUCACCAUCAUCAUCACCAACCACAAGCAAAUAACAAUAAUAAUUCAAAAAGUAAAAAUCUUCACGACGAACAAACGCGUAUUACUUUCUCGAGCACACUUGAUUUGUCCGAUGACAAGGUCUAUCUUUAUUUACCAGAUAUAUUCAAUAAGCAAACGAAUAUCAAAGAAACAGUAGUUCAAGCAUUAUCAACCAUAUCGAAAGAGAAGAAGACUCAAUUAUUAACUGAAGAAGAUUUCUUCAUUCGGAAAAUGUCCGGUAGCGAAUACCAGAAGAAUCUCUACGAUCACUAUCGAGCAUACAAUGAUUUACUUCUGCCCAAUCUGAAUGUUCUACCGAAGAAUGUCAAGGAUACACUGGUUCUAUUCGCAUUGGACAAUGCGGAUAACACAAUGUUGAAUAUCCUCAAGCAACAUUGUUGUAUUCCAUGUACACCAAAUGGCCGAACAUUGAACAAACCAUCAAAAUUAAUUCAUCCUUAUUGCCGUCUAGCAUCGCUCUACUCCGAUAUUGAUUCGUUAUUUCCAUACGGUGGCCAAGAUUCAUAUUUAAGAGAAGAUCGACUCAAUGUUUUAAAACUACUCGGUAUGAAAUGUGAUGACAACCUUGUAACAUGGCCCGAAUUAGUCGAACGCUGCGAAUCAAUUCAACGUAUGCGUGAUUAUGAUCUUGCCUAUGAACGUUCAGUCGCACUUCUUCAAAUUCUCAAUGAUAUGUUAACGAUGUCGAAUUCCAAUCCGACGAGAACCUUCGACGAGAACGAUGACUCGUCCGAUCGUCGUUCUCGACAAUCGUCGUCGUCGAAUUCACGAGAGAAAUCAACAACGAACUCUUCGUCGUCGAUUUCAAACACACAUGAAGCACUACAUGAUAAAGAAGCGCGCACACGCGCAUCGAUUCAACUUCGCGAAUUAGCAUUCAUUCCAAUUAAACUUCGUCCACAGGAGUUAAAUGGAAUCAAUUUAACAUGGAUGGGUGACAAAUAUUCGAAACGUUUGUUCAAACCACGCGAUGUACUCUCACCCCAAUACGAACAACUCGUUUGUUCAACAUGGCCCAUAGCCGAACAAUCGAAAGUGAAUCAAGAACAAAUUAUCAUAACUAAACAAGUCGAACAUUUUCUUGCACUUGAUGACGCAACGAAAAUCGAAUUGAAUAACAUCCUCAAACAACUCGACGAAAUCUCGAAGUUAUCAAUUGUAAAUAGUUCCGGAACAGUAACGUACAAUCAUCAAACAACGUCGAAGUACAUACUCGACAUGAGCUAUGCGAUUUAUGAUUACAUUCAAGCCUUCUGCUUUCCACAUUUACAAAAAUCGAAUGAAUUAGAAUUUCGUUCGUCAGCUAUGGGUCCGGAGCAAAUUGAAACCGUCAAAAACGAAAUCCGACAAUUCUUCUCGCAGCAUCGACUAGUUUACUUCACCGAUACCUCAUCGGUCGAUACAUAUUUGUUUCUUUCUCUCUCUCAACUAUUAUGGCAAUCACCGAAUCCAUCAUCGAGUAAACAUUCUAAACAUUUAAAGCCUUACUACUAUUCAAUACCUGUUUCGUUGCAAAAGACUUAUCGACAUUUCUUCAUUGACUUACUACAAAUAAAAAAUCAACUGGAUGGAAAUGAUCUUUUGAAUAUCAUCGAUCAAAUCCGCAAGAAGUACGGUACGAAGCCGAUCGAUAAAGACGAUUUGAGUUUAUUGCAAAACAUUUAUACGCUAUUGAUCGAACAAUACUCGAAUGUUUUUCAUACGAAUAUUCAAUUAUAUUUGCCAAAUGUUGACUGUGUGCUUCAUUUGGGCUCGAAUUUAUUUUUUUAUCCGUUCGAAAGAGAACAAAUUGGUAAUUCAUCCGUAACAUUCUAUAUUCUUUCAUCUUUCUUCGAUUUGAUGCAUAAUCAUCGACAUGGUCAAUUAAAUAUAAAUGUAAAUAUAUACAUAUUUCAUGUUGAUGAUGAUGAUCAUCAUCAUCUUCUUUACGUGUCAACUACUUCUCCAGCCGCACAGAACGAACAUUACGUGCAUCCAUCUGUUGAUCGACGUGUUUGUCUCAAGGCCGGUGUUAAAGUACAGAAAAAUCCCAUUGCUACCGCAACAGUAUCGUCGGCAGCUCUACCAAACACGCCAAUGACGAACACUUCAUCUCCGACGAACAAUAAUUCGUCGCGCUUAUUCCCGAGAAUCUUCGGGAAUAAGAAACUGGAAUCGAUUCUUGCACGACUCGACGAUCCACACAUCAAUCCACAAUUAGUGGAAACAAUGGACGAAUCCAAUCCGAACAUCGUCUUGGAAUUUCUUCUCGAAUCUAAUAAACAUACUCAAAUAACGAAUAACUUAUCGGAUGAUGAUAUUAUCAUAAUAUUAAAAUAUUUCAAUGAUUUUUUAACAAGUGGUUUUCAAGGUAAUUUUCAAAAAUUACGUGAAUUGAAAAUUUACAAGCCACUUUGGGGCAUUGCAUCCACGGAUGACAAACAACAGCCGAUUCAGCAAUGUUGUUCAUUGGAAAACUUUGCACACGUGUACAUCCUGAACGAGGAAUGGUCGAAUAUAAUUCGGCGUUCGUUCAAACGAAAUUUCUUCACCGAACAGUUCCAUGAGAAGAAAACCGUUUUACUAAUGCAGAAAAAAAUCGAUCCGUUGAGUAAAAUCUUCACACAUAUACGAUUCAUUAUUCCGUCGGAUAUGGAGAUCUUUUCUCAAUUGUGUUUGCCGCAUUUCAGAAAACUAGAUGUUCGAUCACAAGCGAAUCUACUGAAAUAUUUUACCGAUGAUAUCGAUGAAAAGUUAUUUCAACAUGAGAAAGAUCAAUGUCGAAAGCAACUGCACGAUCACUUGGAAAUCUUUACACAAUCAUCAAGCAAUCAUUAUCAUCAUGAGCAUUUACACAGAACAAUGGGAAGUUCAAGAUCAUCGCGUGAUCCACCGGAAAUCUGUCCGAUCUUUGAAUUGUAUGAUCCACAUAUUAAAAAUAUCCGCUCAAUACUUGAUGUUCAUCAUUUUCCCGAUGAACAGUUUCACACGCCAACAAUGCUCAAGUUUCUCAAAGAAUGCGGCCUUCGUUCGUAUAUUCCAACCGAUAAAUGUAAACAAAUCAUGGAAUCAAUUCAAUUGAAUGUUAAACAAGAAGGUUGGACAAAUGAAUUGCGUAAACGUUCGAAAUAUCUCUACGAACACUUACUCGCUAACUGGACACGUUACGAUAAUUCCAUCCUUGAUUAUAAAUUUCUCGAGCCCCAUCAAAUGCAUUUCGAAAGUGAUGAUCUCAUGCAAUUGCACGAACAAUACACAAAUUCUUCAGAUAAUAUCAAUCCUGCCGAACAUUUUCGACAUACGUGUAUUAAACUAAGCGAUGGUGAAUUGCUGAAAGAUGCGAGAUUAUGUUGGACAUCGUCGUAUUUAUUGCCAGAAUUCGUUCGUCUUGAACAGUAUGAUGAUUUCAGUGAAAAACAACAACCCAUCGAACAGAAUGCACUAGACUUCUUCAAAUUAAACAAAAAACCAUCGUACGCUUUGGUACAAAAGAAUCUUUCUAAUCUUGCCAAGAAAUUCUCCCUUAAAUACCAGAAAAUCAAUAAUAAUCCAAAAUCAUCUCCAACAGUCAUCCCCCAACAAGGUACUGACGAUAUUCUGAUAUCAGUAUUGAAGACCAUUUAUCAUUAUUUCCAACACGAGAUCAAACACGAACGUCGCGCCGAGAUUUACAAAGAAUUAGAAGAUCGAGAAUGCAUCUAUUCUCGUACACGUCGACAAUUUCUUCACGGCAAAUAUUUUUGCUUGAAUCUACCCAUCGCCGAUGAAAUUCCUCCAUUUCUGUUCUCACUCGAUCAAGAUUUUCAUGAGUAUAAAGAAUUCUUUCUACAUAUCGGUGUUCAAGCUGAUCCUCAUCCGAUGUUAUACGGCGAUAUUCUUCGCAAAUUGUCCAAAGUCUGUGACCAAGACUAUCUGAACUCCAAUGAAUUAUGCAAAUCGUUGAAAGCAAUGGAAUGUUUCUUUAAAUACUUAGCUAUUAAUUCAACGAUUAAUUCGCAAACAAAACUACCUGGUCUUUACCUUGUAACGAAUGAUUUUAAAUUAGUCAAAUCUAAUGAUAUUGUCAUCAUGGAUGACAAGAGCAAACUUGAUUAUAUGACGAAAUUAGUUCAUGAUAAAUUCAUGUUUAAUCCAAAUGAACGCGUGCUAAAACUUGAUUCGAGUCCAUCGACAACGAAUACGAAAACGAAUUCAUCUAUAACACAUGUGAAAGAUAUCAUUGAUAAGAUCUUUGUAAGCCAACGUCCGGUACUUUUCUCGCAGAAGUAUGAAGAAUCAUUUUCGAUUACGAUUCCCGAAGAUGAAGAAUCUCAUCGACAGCGUUUUCUUUUCAAUUUGGAAAGAAAGUACAACCAGUUGUUGUCCUCUCGACAUUUGCAUCGUUGUAUGGCACGUGUGAUUGCGAAUCACGUCGCUCGACAACAAAAUCCAAAGAUUAUCUCCAUGGAUGAUGUGGAAAAUCUCAUUCGACAACGUUUAACAUUUGUGAAAGUCACUUGUGUCGAGUACCUCGAAACAAACUUGGUUUACAAGAAAACUCAACAGAAAGUCGAUCAAUCUGUGGAUGAAAAAGCUGUUUAUUUGGUUGCCGAAGGUGAAGAGAACAUUAAUUUAUACAUUAGUAUGAAACACACUGAACAGCCUUAUUUUACCUUAUGUCUGGCACGAGCAUUGAGUCCGUGCUUAGGCUUAUCCGAAUUACAACUAGAUAAUUCAGUCGUGGCUGCUUUACUGGCCACAACCAUUGGACAAAUGUCGAAGUUUUUAAAUUUAGUUAAUGUAGCCACCGAAGAAAAUAUCUUAUCAACGCUCAAAUUACAAUACAUCCCAUCGCCGGGCAAUGUGUAUGGUGAUGAUAUCGAACAAUUGCAACAAUUCAAUGUGGAAUUGCAUCAAAUUUUACCUGGAGAUCUGUGUGUUUACCGUGAUAAUGAUUUGUAUAUUUAUUGUGAAGUAGAGAAGAUUAUUAAAGAAUAUCCGCAUCAAGCAACGAAUGAUCAGGAAAAUCGCUCAUGGAAGAAGAGUAAUUCAUCAUCAAUCAUAGCAUCCUAUGUGUUUAUUUGUCGAGUGAAUGAUGCAAAAGAUACUCAACGAAUCGAAGCAGCAAACUUUUAUGUUCUCGAACAUUGGUCACGAAUCUUCGAUGCUGUGCAUACGAAACCUGUGGAUGAAAGAGAAACAUUCAAAUCGACAGCAUCGAGUUCAUCAAGUAAUACCCAAGGAAAAACUAACGGCGAAAAGGAUAAACAUAACAACGAGAAGUACUCGUCAUCGUCGCGACGAUCAGAACGAAAUAAUUUCGAAGGUACUGGCUUUAGCAGCGAUUCUGGUUCGACCAAUGGAUUCGAUAAUACGAAAACGCAUCGACAGACAUCUGCUGACAGUGAUUCAUCGAGUAACCCAACAACGGAUUCUCAAUCGGACUCGGAAUCAGCCCAAACCAAUGAGCAAGAUACGAUCGAUAAGACUGAACUAGAGUUGACGAAGACAGAAAUUUACAAUGCUGUUCGACAAGCUUUCCAACUAACCGGACAAGAACGAAAGAAAACUGUGAAGAAAUUAUUAUUGAAAUGGCAUCCCGAUAAAAAUCCCGGUCGUGAACGUUUUGCUGCCGAAGUAUUCAAACAUUUACGUAAACAAAUAGAUCACUUCGAAAACGAUCCUCUCACAUCAUUCUUCAACACAUUCAAUAACUUUCAUCAUUCACCAUUCUCUGCCUCGGAUCCGAAAUUCAGCUGGAACAAGCACAGUUCAACCUCAACGAAAUCCAAUCAACAAUCGAAUUCAUCGUCAGCAACAGCAGAUGAUCGGUUCGGCAGUUUUGAUAACUUGAAUAAAGACGCGAAUGAUGAAACCAAACGUAGCUAUCAAGACAUACCCAAUGGAAGUAACAAUAAAGACCAUGCAGAUAGUCACGAUGCCGAUGGCGGUUCCAAGGGUCGAUUCAGUCCACAUCGCUCAUCAUCAUUUCGAACAGCGCGUGAAGAAUGGCAAUAUCGUCGUCAGCAUGGCUUUCAACGACGCCAUGGAUUUUUCAGUACAGCAGAAGAAAACGUUGGACCAACGAACACCAAUGGCACGAAUUCUCAAGCAACCGGAGGAAAAGAAAGUCCAAAUGCACGUCGAAAACGUAACUAUCAACAAUCAGAAGCCGAUCGAUGGCUUAAACAGGCACAACAUGAUCUGGAAAGUGCAUACAGUGACAUGCAUUCAUCGACUGGUCAAGUUGCCUAUGACUGGGCUUGCUAUAAAUGCUACCGAGCGGCAGAAAAAGCAUUGAAAGCUUAUCACUAUUAUAAAGACACAGGAAAGAAUAUGACUGCAGAUAUUCCUGGAUUAUUAAUCGGUGUUGACAAUGAUGUCAGAGAAAUUGGAUAUAAAUUAUAUAAAUGGAUUGGCGAUCCAAAUCGAAUGCAAUAUCCCAAUGCAGCACGAUUUGCUAAAAUUCCCGCUGAAGUGUUCACAGUUUCUCAAGCUGAGCAAGCCAUUGAAUAUACGAAAGAACUAUUGAAGAAAAUCGAAGAUAUCAUGUAUCCAUAA